CCUAACUCUUACAAAUGCUCAAAGAAGGACAAUAAAUGUUGCCAGUACAAUAUACCACAAACAUGUAGAACAAUAUAUAAAGACCCUCCUAAAAAUCUCAUACCAUGGGCUUGCUUGGGAGGAGGAAGCAAACCAUGUCCAGAAGGUUACACGUGUAAAAGAUUUGAAGAAAAUCAAUUCUCCAUGUGCUGCUCAAAUGAAGUUGCCACAUGUAUAGAUGAUGAAGGCAAUAUUCAUAAUGAAUCUGAAGAAUGGCUACAUCCUGACAGAUGCAACACAUGCACCUGUGGGAAGGAUGGUAAAAUGGAAUGCACCAAUAAAAGAAAAUGUCCAAAUUAUUGCACAACAAAUGGGCGGAUAGGAUGGAUAAAGGAUAGCUGCCAACAAUGUAGCUGUGUUAAUAACAAAUUUAGAAAUUGUCAAAGCCGAUGUGAUGAGGCACAAAAUAAAGGCAAACCAGUGACAUCUAAAUGUGAAGAUAGUUGUAGUAAGACUGCAAAGCUUGAGAUGUGCCAAGGUAAAAAGGGGAAAAAAGAGACAUGCACAGAAACAAAAGUAGAGAUAUCGACAUGCCCAGCAAUGAACUCAAACAAAUGUGAACCUGGAAUAAGAAGAACUGAGUCUACUGCAAUUAUCACAGGAGGAGAUGAAGUCAAGCCAAAAUACAACUACAGAUGGAUGGUCCACUUUGAAGUAAAUGGGGGAUGUCGUUGUGGGGGUACCAUCAUAAGUUCUAGGCACAUAAUUACAGCAGCACAUUGUAUAAAAUUUCUUUUUCGUUCCCAAAACAUAACUGUAAAAACUGGUAAACAUAAGCUUACAGAUAGAGAGCCUUAUGAGCAAUCUCGUACAGUUCAAGUAUCUUCCAUUAAAAUCCAUGAACUCUAUGAAAACUUUGAUAAUGAUAUUGCAAUCAUUGAGGUUAAGCCUCCAUUAAAGUUGGACAAUUAUACACAACCAAUCGCUUUCCCUAACAUUCAAGAAUUUAGCAUAAAUCAAAUUGACAAAAAAUUGUGCAAAGUGAUUGGUUGGGGUGAUACAGCUGGCAUCGGAACAAUUUGUAAAAACUUGAAACUUUCCCAUGUUUUGAUGGAGACUGAAAUUAAACCACAAAAAGAUUGCAUACUUAGUACAACUGAUAAAAAAAGUGUUACUGAUAACAUGUUUUGUGCUGGUUCAAAAAAAGGGAAAGACUCAUGUUUUGGGGAUUCAGGUGGACCUUUGAUGUGCAGAGAUGGUAAAAGAAAUAAUAUAUGGGAAAUUUAUGGAAUUGUAAGUUGGGGACCAGCAAAUUCAUGUGGUAAAAUGUCUGGGGUAUACACUAAGGUAACAAACUACAUUGAUUGGAUCAUGGAAAACACAGGUGGGUGGGGGGAUUUCAGUGCUUUCACAUCUUGUACUGUAACAUGUGGAGGGGGGAAAAAAGCAAGAGUGAAACUUUGCCAAAGACCCCCAUCUCUCCCCCAUGGUAAAUGCCC